CAUGGCUGUUGCGUUCUCGGGGCCAGUUCCUUUGCGCACAAGCCCGGAAAGCUUGGAUCAAGCGGCAGGCUAACUGACAGUCCCGUAGCCGAGGGCCGACAACAUCCGGGUAUAUGUGUUUCGCGUCGCUGCACAAAGGAUCGAUUUCGCUAGGUUUCUCUCUCUGUCUCCGCCUCUGCCACUCGAUCGCUAUCCGAAGGGCUGUUUUUUGUUUAUCUGGGCAACAACGAGUAACAUGCAUAUGCGGCCAGGUCGACCACCAGCACGGCGGGGGGGCUAUGCGGGUCGCUGCUGCAGUGCAACCACACCAAAAGAGUUUUCUGCCUGCCCCAGCACUGAAUGAAGGUUGAGCCUGUAGACAAGCCCCUGGGACUUGAAUGGUGUGGGCUGGCAAAGGUCCAGAUUUCUCACCAGAGCAGGUUGUUGUUUUUGCUUGCUUCCCCGCGAGUGCUACUCGUCCC